ACCAUCACCACCACCACGACGAACAACCAUCUUCGUCUGCUCGCGUUCCCAUACAUAAUCACCAUGGCAUCCCUCCUCAAGAAACCAUUGAAGCUUGCCCUCGUACAGCUGGCCUCGGGCGCCGAUAAGGCCGUGAACCUCGCCCACGCCCGCAGCAAAGUCCUGGAGGCCGCCAAAGCCGGCGCCUCUCUCAUCGUCCUUCCGGAAUGCUUCAACUCUCCCUACGGCACGCAGUUCUUCCCCAAGUACGCCGAGACCCUCCUUCCCUCGCCGCCCACCAAAGAACAAUCCCCGUCCUACCAUGCCCUCUCCGCCAUCGCCGCCGAGGCCAAAGCCUACCUCGUCGGGGGCAGCAUCCCGGAGCUGGAGCCCACCACCAACAAAUACUACAACACCUCCCUGGUCUUCUCCCCCUCCGGAGCCCUGAUCGGCACCCACCGCAAGACCCACCUCUUCGACAUCGACAUCCCCGGCAAGAUCACCUUCAAGGAGAGCGAGGUCCUCAGCCCCGGCAACCAGCUGACCGUGGUCGACCUCCCGGACUACGGUAAGAUCGGGCUCGCCAUCUGCUACGACAUCCGCUUUCCGGAGGCCGCCAUGAUCGCGGCCCGGAAGGGCGCCUUCCUGCUCGUGUACCCCGGCGCGUUCAACACGACCACCGGCCCGCUGCACUGGUCGCUGCUGGCCCGGGGCCGUGCCGUCGACAACCAGGUGUACACGGCCCUGUGCAGCCCGGCCAGAGAUCUGGAGGCUUCGUACCAUGCCUGGGGCCACAGUCUGAUCGUGGACCCCAGCGCGAAGGUGCUGGCCGAGACGCAGGAGAAGGAGGAUAUCAUCUAUGCGGAUCUGGAUGACGAGACCAUCCAGAGCACGCGAAAGGGCAUCCCCAUCUACACCCAGCGGCGGUUUGACCUGUAUCCGGAUGUGAGUGUCGGGAAAAUGUCCAGCACCGUCAACAAGACCGGCAAGAAGACCCGCUCGGCCAUCGCCGAUGUGGUGUCCCGCGAGUACACCAUCAACAUGCACAAGAGAAUGCACGGUGUUAGCUUCAAGAAGCGUGCUCCCCGCGCUAUCAAGGAGAUCCGCGCCUUCGCUGAGCGUGCUAUGGGCACCACCGACGUCCGCGUCGACCCCCAGCUCAACAAGAAGGUCUGGGAGGCCGGCAUCAAGGGCGUCCCCUUCCGUCUCCGUGUCCGCAUCUCCCGCAAGCGUAACGACGAGGAGGGCGCCAAGGAGAAGCUCUACUCCUACGUCCAGGCCGUCAACGUCAAGGAGGCCAAGGGUCUCCACACCGUCGUUGUUGAUGACGAGUAAAUUUUUAGACUCGCUUCAUCAAUAAAAGACAGUGCUUGAUUCCCCCCCCCUUAACUAAAAAAAAACGGUCCUCAUUGUAU